AAAAAAAUGAAGCCCUAUUCUGAGAUUCUUUUGUGUUAAUUGUAUUAGCUGUAAGCAGAUAAAUGGAAUUAUGGAGAUAUAGGUUAUACACAUAUAAAUUCAAAGGUAAUGAUAUAGAAUUGAGAUUAAUAGAAUGAAUUAAUUUUAUUUUAGAAAGACACAAACCAAGAGGUGAUAGUUGUUCCAAUAAAGUAAGAGAAUGAGUUUUGGUUUGAUUAGGGUAAGUAUAAAUUUAAAUAAAAUAAAGAGGAAGCAAUCUAAUUCCAUUUUAAUAAUGAUUAUGCUCUAAGUUUUCAAAGUAGAGAAGGUGCAAAAGUAAUUUGGGAUCGUAUUUAAAAUAUUUUGUCUGAAAAUGAUGCUGAAGAUCCUGAUUCAUUAACAUUGACUCCAGUGAAUGAAGCAAAUUUGGAAGUAAUAUUGGAAACAAUGAAUAAUAUGAUAUAAUAUGGUUCAUAAACAAAGUAAAUACUUUAGAGCUAUUUAAUAAAUAAAAAAGUAAAGUGAUAAUGAAUUUAUAAGGACUAUUUUGAUAAGCUUAUAAAGUUGUUCCAAUAAUUGGAGAAAGACAAUAAUGUCAAUUUAUUAUAAACAAUGUGUUAAAUUGUAAAGAAUGUAUAAAUAAUAUAUUAAUAAUGAUUAGAUAGUAACAGUAGCAGAACAUGAAUUAUUUUAAAUGAUCUUAAACGAUUAAAAUUAUUUAUUUAUAUUUGGUGCAUUAGAAUGUAAGAAUAAUAUAUAAAAAUUAAUUUAGAUGAUUAUGAGAUGAACAAAAAGAAUUUCGUUCCCCACCGUUAGUUUUUGGAGAAGAAUUUGUAAUUCUUGCAAGUAGUCCAAAUAAAGAGUAAAGAGCGACUUAAAACCAUUCAUUUCAUAUAUCGGCUGUAGUACUUGCGCGAUUGUAGUUUGGCCUACUAUAUCGACGAGUGCCAGUUGAUGUUCAUUAAGAUAGUUUUAACGUAAUCAAAAUCAUGAUAGAUUAUAAAGAGUUGUUAUGUUGACCUCUUUAAAUACAUAGAAAAUUCGAAGGAUUUUUUGAUAGAAGUGAUUGACCAAUUAAGAAAUUUGAAUUUCUAAGCUUUGCGAUUCCUUAGUGAGAUUUGUUAAGUUUUUAAGGAGUUUCCAGAUGUAUAUUAUUUAUAUAUAUAUUAAUUUAUAGUUAAAUAAAGCAGUUAUAUAUUAGAAAUUAAGUGAGUAUGGUUUAUACGAGAUAAUAGAAGAUUAUAUAAACGAUUCGCUUAAAGGAUUUGAAAAAUAUAAAGCUAAAUUCAAGAAACUUAAAUUAAAGAUUUCUGUAAUAUAUAAAUAAUAUAUUUUAUAAAGGAUGAUGUAUUUACUAAAAUGCCAAAUAUGAUUCUAGAAUUAUUGAUUGUUUGUUUAUAACAUUGUCCUAACAAUUUUAGAUAAUAUGUUAUUAGUGAACACUAAUAAGUACUUAAAUAUCCAUUAUUUAAUAUUAUUGUGGAAAAUGCAUUUCAUAAUGAAUUAUAUUUAGAAGCACUUAAAUUAUUAAUAGAUAAUAAUUCAGAAGAAUAAAAUGAAACUAUGGAUUUAUUUUUGUUGUAAUUCUAUCCAAAGAUUGCAUCAUAAAUAUAACAUUUAUCUACAAAAGAAUACAAAUAACAUUUUUUAGACAUUACAUUAGGUUUAGUGAGAGCAAUGAAACCAUCAGUGAAAGAAGCAGUGAUUUUAAAUUCAGUGAUUUUAAAAAUUGGCUUUAUUUUGUAGGAGAAUUAAAAAUUAUUAUCAACUAAGUGUUUACAAAUAAUUAAAUUGAUAUGUUUAUCUAGAGAUGAUGAUAUAAAUAAUGAAAUCAUAACCAUUAUUCCUAAUUUAAUAAGUGUUAUUUUAUCCUAUAGAGGUUUAAGAGAAAAUUUAAUAUUUUCAUAACAAUUAGAAAUAAUAAAGAUUAUAUAUGAAGGCAUAAGUUAAAAAUUGAUAACAUCAUUAGUAAGAAAAUAAUUAAUAAUUCAUAGGAGGAUGAAUUAAAGAAGAGAGAAAAUCAUAUAAAUUAUCAAAGAAUACAUGAUAUUUUUAAGAAUUUAAAAAAUAAUUGCAUGAAAUAAUAAUUCAAUUCUUAAACUUAAUCAUAAAGUCAAAUGUAAUAAAGUUACAAUGUUGUUGAUGAUGAAAUGGAUUUAUUCAAAUCAGUUUAAGGACAUAGUACCACUCAUCAUGUGAAAUAAUAAAAGAAACAAAUUGAUCAUGAAGAAGAAGUUGAUUUGAUAUCCAAAAAAAUAAAGAUAGAUUGAAUUAACCAAAAACAUAAAAAACAAC